UCGUUUUAAAACCGCAGCCGCUCCUCCCCACUUCUUCUCCUUCCUCGGUUCCUCCCCUCUUCUGGUCGCCCCCACCCACUCACAGGCUCAACUCAACUCCACCCGAAUCCGCAAGAGAGAGAGAGAGAGACGAUGGCGGCGGCGGCGGGAGGAGGGACGAGGGAGGAGAUGGUGUACAUGGCGAAGCUGGCGGAGCAGGCGGAGAGGUACGAGGAGAUGGUGGAGUUCAUGGAGAAGGUGGUGACGGCGGCGGCGGCGGGCGGGGGUGGGGAGCUCACGGUGGAGGAGAGGAACCUGCUGUCCGUGGCGUACAAGAACGUCAUCGGCGCGCGCAGGGCGUCGUGGCGCAUCGUGUCCUCCAUCGAGCAGAAGGAGGAAGGCCGCGGCGCCGCGGGCCACGCCGCCGCCGCGCGCUCCUACCGCGCCCGCGUCGAGGCCGAGCUCUCCAACAUCUGCGCGGGGAUACUCCGCCUCCUCGACGAGCGCCUCGUCCCCGCCGCCGCCGCCGUCGACGCCAAGGUCUUCUACCUCAAGAUGAAGGGCGACUACCACCGCUACCUCGCCGAGUUCAAGACCGGAGCCGAGCGCAAGGACGCCGCCGACGCCACCCUCGCCGCCUACCAGGCCGCGCAGGACAUAGCCAUGAAGGAGCUGUCGCCGACGCACCCCAUCAGACUGGGCCUUGCGCUCAACUUCUCCGUGUUCUACUACGAGAUCCUCAACUCGCCCGACCGCGCGUGCACGCUCGCCAAGCAGGCCUUCGAUGAAGCUAUUUCGGAACUGGAUACCCUUGGGGAAGAAUCCUACAAGGACAGCACCCUGAUCAUGCAGCUUCUUCGCGACAAUCUCACUUUGUGGACUUCUGAUAUGCAGGACGAUGGAGGUGAUGAAAUGAGGGAUGCAACCAAGCCUGAGGAUGAGCACUAGCUAAAGAUCCUAGUGACAGUCGUCUGUCUCUUAACCGCUGGGGGUAGUUAUGAUGCUUGUACAAGGACCAUUUUCUUGUGUCCUUUCGUCGGGUCUUUGCUUACCCUUUGUUUACUUAUAUUGCUAUCGCCAUCCUCAUGUAUUAUUUGUUACUUUCCUGCUGGAAUCCUGCUCGUGUGUGGGAGAGUGCCUCAAGCCUUUAACUAGGACAAGGAUUGUCAACUCUUGUUUACUAUGAUUGAAUGGCUAUGCUUGUUCGAUAUUUAA